AUGGCUUGGGAACGAUAUCGUCUCCGACUGCUCUGCAUGCUGUCCAUUACUUUUGCGUUUUUCAUUGUUGAGGUUGUCGUCAGCCGUAUGACUGCUUCCCUGUCAAUGCUGUCGUACUCUUUCCAUAUGCUGCCGGGUGUCAUUGCCCUGGUUGUGGCCCUAAUUGCUGUGCACUUCUCCGAGAAAACUCAAGCAACGAGUCAAAAUACUUUCGGAUGGAUCAGAGCAGAAGUGAUGGGUGCUCUGGUCAACGCCGUAUUCCUAACUGCCAUGUGCUUUACCAUCAUUAUUGAGGCAGGCGAGCGGUUCACAGUGCCUCACGAGAUUGAAAGUCCCGGAGUGGUUAUUGGAGUUGGAGCUGCGGGACUUCUUGUAAACUUGCUCGGUCUUUUGUUGUUUCACGAACACGCAGGACACGGUCACUCGCAUGGUGGCUCUCAUGGAAUUAACACACUUCACAAAUCCGAGAGAGUAGGGAGAGAAUCCUUUGAAGAUGAAACCAGUAGGCCUAUCCUGUUUGAUUGCAGUCUGAAGACAGUGGAUCUCAGAGCAGGUCCAGGAGGAGAUCACGAAAUCCCCAAUAAGGACAACCUUGUGGUCCACAUGAAGGACAUCACCCUGGAGGAUUGGAACGAGAGCCAUCCUGACUCUGCUUCACAGCUCAACAUGCAGGGUGUCUUCCUCCACAUGCUGGGUGAUGCCCUCGGCUCUGUCAUUGUUGUGGUCAACGCUCUCACCUUCACCUAUGUGUGGAAGCCUUGCCAUGCUGGAGAGACCUGUGUCAACCCAUGCUACAACAGCCACGACUACACUGACCACCACCAACAACAUGUCAAUGUUACACUGAUCACCAUGCUUGGUAGUAGUACUGAGACUACAGUGCACCUCGCUGGCCCUUGCUGGGUGCUCUACUUCGACCCCACACUCUGCAUCAUUAUGGCGGGCUUCUUACUCUAUACCACCUUCCCUCUCCUGAAGGAGUCAGUCCUCAUCCUCCUGCAGACUGUUCCGAAACAGAUAGACAUGCCCCAGCUGCUGGGGAGGCUCAGGGGCCUGGAUGGUGUGUUGGCUGUCCACGACCUACACAUCUGGCAGCUGGCAGGGAGCAGGAUCAUUGCCACGGCACACAUCAAAUGCCUAGACCCAGCUUCCUACAUGGAUGUGGCCAUGCGAAUUAAAGGCCUCUUUCAUGAUGAGGGUAUCCAUGCCACAACAGUUCAACCAGAGUUUGUUACUGUUAACUUUGAAUCUAAUAUUUACGUCUGUGAGCUGUCCUGUGGGAAGCAGUGUGCCCCGAAGCUGUGCUGUGGAAACUUUGACAGAACAGGACUGGGAGGACAUGUUAGAGAAGAGGUUGUUUCUUAUCAGUAUCACUCAAUACAACACGCCAACCUCAAUACAACAGUCACCCUCUGCAGUGACCAUCAAGCUACUGUAACUGCCACGCAGAGCCCCAAGGCUGCCAUUUAUACAGGGGAAAAAUCCUCAGAGUCACAAUGA